AAUUAUUUGGCACUGGUGAAGAGCGCACAUUUAAUUAACGCGUUACUUAAUUCUGGAAAACAGUUAACCAGACUGCACUAGUUUAAUAAAAUUUCGUCAGUACGUCGACGUGCGUACAAAUCAGACAUUCACUUGUAACCUAAGUUCAUCAUGUCUCGAAGAGGUGGUAGAACUCCUACAUCAGUGUUUGUGAGAAAUGUGCACCAUGAUGUUAGACCUGAAGAUUUACGUCGUGUAUUUGAAAAAUAUGGUGACAUUAGUGAUGUUUAUGUUCCUCUUGACUACUACACUAGAGAAUCUCGAGGGUUUGCGUAUAUUCAGUUUGAUUAUGAAGAUGAUGCAGAAGAUGCAGUUGAUGGUUUAGAUGGAACAACGUUAUUUGGUCGACAAAUCUUUUGCAAAAAUGCUCGAGGAGGACGAAAAACUCCACAUCAAAUGAGGUACAAGGAAGGCCCGUACAGGAGAAAGAGUUAUUCGCGAAGCAGAUCGCGCUCACGUAGUCCGAAAAGGCGUCAUCGAAGAUCGCCAUCCAGAUCACGAUCUCCUGAACGACGUUCAAAAGCAAAACGUUCCAGAAGUCGCAGCCCCCGACGCAGGUCUUUUAGCAAGUCACCUAUACGAGAAAGCAAAAGAAGUCGAACUAGAAGCAAAAGUCGCUCUAGAUCUAAAUCCAAAUCUUAUUCGCGUUCUCCACGUUAAACUUACUUUUGUUUACUGCAUUUUAUUGGCUGAUAUUCACUUCAUUGAAUUAUUAAGUUUAUCAUGUUUUAUUGGCUGAUAUUCACUUCAUUAUUAAGUUUAUCAUGUUAAAGCUUCAAAGAAUAUCAAUUAUAUCUGUGUUGUAAUGAUUUUAUAUCAUCCAAGUCAAAAUGAACGAACUUAUCAGUUUUUAUUACAUUAACGUCGUAUUGGUUUAGCAAUACUAAAAGACCCAAUGGGCACUAAUGUGAAUCAAGAUUUAUUCAUGUGACAACGUAAAUAUUAAAAUGUUAUAUAAAAAAAAAAAUCAAACAGGUAGAGAAA